AUGGAAGCAUUAACGGCCUCCGUGUCUGAAAUAUUAUUGGGUAAAAAGUCCUCACUGGUCCAGUCAGAGUCCAGCUCCGAGUGUAUGGUAAGGAAGGGAGAAGUGUGUGGACACCUGAUAAAGCUGGUGGAGAUGCCCACUCUCUCCAACACUCGGCUCUCAGAACAGGAAGUGAUGCGUCAGACUCGACACUGUGUCUCUGUCUGUGAUCCUGGAGUCCAUGUUUUCUUUUUCAUGGUUCCUGAAGGUCUCACUGAUGAAGAUAAAGCAGAAAUACAGAUGAUUCAGAGGGUCUUCAGCUCCAGAAUUAAUGACCAUGUCAUAUUCCUCAUCAACCAGCAGUCGCAGAAGGAACAGAUAGAUCAGACUCUUCAGUCUGUGAUAAAGACAUAUGGAGGACGAUAUAGAUUCUACAGCAGCAAAACAAAAGCAGAUGAUCUGUUUAUAAGUGUUAAAGAUCUUCUUAAAAACAACAAUCAUCGUCCGUACACGAUGGCCAUGUACAAUGAUGCCCAGGUUGAAACACAGCUGCAGUACAAAAGAGAAAAUGAAAAUCUGCAACAACAAGUGACUGAACUCAAGAGGAGGACUCAAACAGAAGAUUUAUCAAAAAGCCCUGAUGCUCUCAGAAUUGUGCUGUUGGGGAAGACAGGAGUUGGGAAGAGCGCAUCAGGAAACACCAUUCUGGGGAAAAACGUAUUUAAAGAAAUUAUGUCAGCUCAAUCAGUUACCACUGUGUGUCAGAAAGAGACAGUAGAGCUCAGUGGGAGACGGAUUACUGUGAUCGACACUCCAGGACUGUUUGACACAAAUAUCAAUAAUGAAGAAACCAAGAAAGAGAUUGUUAAAUGCAUAUCGAUGGCAGCACCUGGUCCUCACGUGUUCCUGCUGGUGCUGAGAAUCGGAUGCUUCACCCAGGAGGAGAGAGAGGCAGUGAACAUCAUUGAAAAGACUUUUGGUAGAAAAUCUAGCACAUACACCAUCAUACUCUUCACCUGGGGUGAUGUGCUUAAAGAACAGACAUUUGAACAGUAUAUGAAAAGUGCUGGGCCAGAAUUAAACAAUCUUCUGUGGGCCUGUGGUAAACGAUAUCAAGUGUUCAGCAACAGUGAUAAAUCCAGCAACACUCAGGUGUCAGAGCUCCUGGAUAAAAUCGACUCAAUGGUGAAGGUGAACGGAGGAGGCUGCUACACUAAUAAGAUGUUCCAGGAGGCCGAGGAAACUCUAGAAAAAGAAAAGGAGAGAAUACUGAAAGAGAGAGAGGAGCAGAUAGAGAGAGAGAAAGAAGAACUGAAGACCAAACAUGAAACUGAAAUGGAGGACAUGAGGAGAGAGAUGCAGAAACAAAAAGAAAGACAAGAGGCAGAGGAGAGAAGAAAAGAGGAAGAAUUUAAACAGAGAGAAGAGCAAAUGAAAAAAGAUAUGGAAAAAAAGGAACAACAGGUAAGAGAGGACUUUCAGAAGAGAAGAGAAGACGAUGACAUGAAGAUGAAGGAAUGGAUGCAUCAAAUAAACACAGAGAGAGGAGAACAGGAAACAGUGGGAGAGAAAAAGACAGGAAGAUCAGAAACGGAGAGAUCAGGAGGAGGAGGAAAGGAAGAGGAGAGAACAAGAAUGGAAGGAGAGUAUGAACAGAAGGCAGCAGAAGAAGACAGGAGAAGAAGGGAUUUAGAAGAAAAGAUAAAGGAUGCAGAAGAAAGUAAAAAGAAGGAACUACAGGAUCUUCAGUUAUCUCAGCAACGAGACUGGGAGCAGAGGAUGAGAGAGGAGGAGGAGAAGAGAAACAAACAGCAGGAGGUCUGGGAGGAAAGAAUUGCUGCUAUGGAUAAGUGGAGUUUAGAGCAGAUUAGGAAGCAGAGGCAAUAUGAGUGGGAAAGAGAGAAAGAAAAGGAGGAGAGAGAUUUAAGAGAGAAGGAAAGAAAAGAGAAAGAAGAACAAGAAAAGAAAAGAAUAGAAAAUGAUUUGAAUGAAAAGAUCAGAAAUAUGGAGGAACAGCUAAAGGCACAAAGAGAAAAAGAUGAGGGAGAAAGAAAGGAAAAGGAGGAAGAACUCAAAAAGGAAAUGGAGGAAAAACUACAGAAACAACAGGAAGAUUUCAGAAAGGAGAAAGAAGAAGAAGAAAGAAGAUACAAAGUGAUGGAGAGAAAUAUUGAGUACAUUAAAGAGCUACACAAGAAAGAACUGGAGACCCAGAAAGCACAGACAGAAGAAGCAGCCAGGAAACAGGCAGAGGAAGAAUUUUAUGCUAAACUUGAUGCAGAAGUUAAAGAGGCGAAGCGUAAAGGGUUUGAAGCGGGCUGUGCACACGUCGAGUCAGAAAGAACAAGACCAGGCAGAGCUGUGGAUCAGAUUGUUAAUGCUUGGUCCAAAAAUGAAGAACAAAGAAAACUGAAUGAAAACUUGUUUGAAAUUAAUUAA